AUGAACUAUUUGCAGUAUACAUACAAUAAGCUGAUUCACUGUCAUAAGAACACAUACCUAAAUUGUCCGUUAGAUUACGAAGAUCCAAUACAGCGUGACGGUUUCACGCUUGGUAUUCGUGUUUAUGAUGGCCGAUACUAUGCAACAACUAAACUGUACAUCGAGCUCCAGGACAGGAAUGACAAUCCGCCGGUCAUCAACGGACCACAAUAUGUCCAAUUACAUGAAGAUGCAUGGCUUGGCAAAGAGGUUGCCAAAUUUACGGUUCAGGAUGCGGAUGAAAAUGAUACCGCAGUGUGA